AAUUAAAUAUACAUUUUUCCAACAAUCUCUUAAGUUAUAUAUAUAAUAUUUUAUAAAUUUUUUUAAAAGUUUCGGUUUUCGAUUUUGGUUUCGGUCAAAACAAAAAAUAAGUGGUUUUGGUCGGACUCUAGGCUUUUAUUACCAUAUAUUUAUGUAAUUAUGCGACAAAUUAAGAUUGUUAAAACAAAAUUGGAAAUCCACUUAAAAUUGGAAGUAAUUAAAGGAGAUAAUAAAUUUGAAAAUUUUUUACGUUACACAUUUUUCAUAUUUUAUUCAAAGCGUAAAGUUUUAUGCAAAACAUUACAUAAGACUACAUGUAUAAAAAAUUAAUUAGCAUUGAUUUGAAUUACUAAUCAUUUCCAAUUAAUUAAAAAUAACACUAAAGAAAUGUUCAAAAACGGAUAUAUAUAUACAACGCUUAUUUUUUUUGCAAUUAUACUGUGUUUCACCAGUAUUGUGCAUUCAACAUUGCCUUGAGAACAUAUUCGUCUGUGUCUAUUAUCGUAAAAAUGACGGACAAAAUCAGAUGGAUGGUGGUGAUUUGGAAAUUCGUUGAAGUUGGCGCAGGUAUUUUCUGUCUCGCCUUCAUUGUAGAACGUUUCAUAACACCGACCUAUUGUGCGUUUAACACGCAAUACCUAGAUUGGAAAUGGUUCAUUAAGAGUUACAUCAAGGCUUAUAUUUCUGGCAUUCUGUUUUUAAUCAUCGGACACUAUGUCUUACUACACGCAUGGAUGAAUGCUUGGGCAGAAAUGCUGCGGUUCGGCGACCGAUUGUUCUACAAGGACUGGUGGAACUGUACGACUUAUCGCGAAUAUUAUCGCACCUGGAAUAUAGUAGUGCACAACUGGUUGUACACGUACGUCUACAAGGAUAUGUACGAGAUCGUGGUGCCGGGCAAACGAACGCUAUCAUCCGCCAUGGUAUUUUUUAUUUCCGCCAUCUUCCAUGAAUUGGUGAUUGCGUUCUCAUUGCGCUUCUUCUAUCCAGUGUUGUUCAUCUUAUUCGGCAUCAUAGGCUACAUUUUUUUCUUCAUCCGCAAGUACACCAGUAACGUCUUCAUGCAGCUCGGCUUGGGCUUCGGGAUGAGUAUUAUGUUCAAUUUGUACUCGAUGGAGGCGUGCGCCCGAUGGAACAACUGUCCAUCUCAUCCCAAUUAUUAUCUAGACUUGUUCAUUCCGCGAAGCUGGAGCUGUCUCAAAUAAUUUAGCGAAUUUCUUAGCGCGCAGAUUGUCUCGUUCACGUUAAAAUACUUUUUUUAGACAAUUUAUUCUCUGUGCUCUGCUAUCAGAAAGCUAUUCAUCAGGACUGAUAUAUACGAGCUUGAGUAACCAAUUUAAUAUUAAAUUUAAUACAAUGAAGAAGUGAAUAUAAAAUUGUAACGAAUCGACAUUCCGUCCAGAUACAAUUGUUAAUAAAUGAAAAUUCUAUUAAAAAUUGCAAGAUUCCAUUUUUUCAAAUAAUUUUUAAGUUACAAAUACGAGAAGAUAAUCCUGAUAGAAAUAACUUGAAAGACCUAUAUCAUAUACGCAGAAAAAUAUUUUUAAAAAGUACUUGUCUUCUACAAGUUAUAUCUUUAUUAAAAUUUAAUUAUGUAUAGUCGUAUCAAGAUUAAUGUGCAAUCAAAGAUUUUUAAUUAAGUACCUUUAAUAUGCUACGUAUAAAU